AUGGCCAUAGCGAUUUCAAUAGCCUUCCCGACUACAUUUCAUCGACUUUGCAUAUGGCACAUCACAUCAAAGUUCUCUGUUAAGUUACCACGUGACGCUUAUAAGGAGUAUUGGCGUGAAUUUCAGAAAGCCAUAUGGGAUACUGACAAUAAGGAUGAGUUUGAUGCAAAAUGGAAUAUUGUGGUUACAAAGGCUAGUUUGACUGACCAUCCAUGGCUAAGUUCAAUAUUUGAUUUAAGGGAAUCUUGGGUUCCAGCCUACGCACGACAAUUUUUUGCCGCUGGAAUGUCAAGCAGCCAAAGAGCGGAAGAGUUCAAAACAGAGGAUGCUUCUAAAGUUGUCUUUAACGUGAGCGAAAGGAAAAAUUGGGAAACAAGAGUGGCAGAAGUCGUAUAUGUCAAAGAUUCUGACCACGCAUCGUGUAGCUGCAAAAGAUUUGAAUUUGUUGGAAUUAUUUGCAAGCACAUCCUAGCAUUGUUCAGAAGGGACCAGAUUGAAUAUAUGCCCGAUAAAUAUAUUUUGAAGAGGUGGAAGAAAACUGCGAAAUCUGGAUUGGUGUCAGAGGCAAAUGGCAACGAAAUUAAAGACUGUGCAGAUCCUGGCCUUCUAAUAAAGCGGUGUACAAUGUCUCGACUUGCUUCAGAUGUGGUUGAGGAUGCAUUAAUGAGUGAAGAAGGAUGUGAGCUACUGUCAGAGACUCUAAAAAGUUUGCAGGUGAAGUUGAAGUUGCUGAAGGAUGGACCAAGUAAUAACGAAGUUGGAGGGUCCAGCUCUCAAACACAAUAUAUGAAAGACCCUAAGAGAGUGAGGUGCAAAGGAAGGUCGAAAGGAGUAACGGGAGCAAAGGAAAAGGCAAUGAAGCGAGGGAUUAGACACUGUCGGGAGUGUGGACGCAUUGGUCAUGAUAGAAGACAAUGCCCAGCCUUGAACACACCGUAA